AUGACUCUGUCCUUGUUCCCCUCCUCCCUUCCACCCAACCAUCCACUGGAAGCUAAUCAUCAUGUUGGUGCGACCCCUACCGCCGGAACCACCCUCAGCUCUGCACCUGCUGCAGCAGAACCGCUGUACGGCGGAGGUGUGACCGCGCGAGGUGUGGCAGGCGGCGGUUUCACAGGCGGAGGCGGAGGUGUGACAGGCGGAAGUAUCACAGGCGGAGGCGGAGGUGUGACAGGGGGCGGUAUCACAGGCGGAGGUGUGACGUUCGAAGAUAAUGUAAGCGGAGCUAUUCAUAGUGGCAGCAGCGGCGGCCGGGGGAGCAGCAGAGCAGCAGAGGGAGCGGCGACGCCACUGGCAGCAGCGACACCAGCACCAACGACACAAGCAGCAGCGAGACAGGCAGCGGUGAUGAAACAGGCAGCAGCGACACAGGCAGGGCCAAUACAGUUAGCGUCAGUACAGACAGCGACGACAGAGGCGGCAAUGACACAGGCAGCACAUGUGGCUCAAACGGUCCUGUCCAUGUCGCAUGUCGUGCAGUCCAGCGGCCUCCCCUCAGGCACGCAACAGCAGCUUGUCAGCGCGCUGUCCCUCCUCACAGGUUUUCUAUCCACCCAGGGGGGAAUCAGAGCAGGAGGAGAAGGAGGGAGGGGCACGGCUGCUGCUGCGGCUGGUCCGUCGAAUCCGGCUGCAGGGCACUUACUUAAGAUCCUGGAGGACGGGUCAAGAACCGGCGAGCUUCUAGCCAAUAAGAACCACGGCCGCCUCACCCACUACCUCUCCCAAGCCUCGGGGCUCCUCUCCAGCCUCGGCAGGCAGAGCGCCAGCGCCAACCCGGGCCUGCUUGCCAGCCUCGGUGGCGACCCUCGUGGUUCGUUGUCCAAUCAGGGUCGGACAAUUGGUUUUGGCAGUACACUGGGUGCGGAUCCUGCUGCUGCUGCGGCUGCGGCUGCUGCUGCUGCUGCUGCUGCUGCUGCUGCUGCUGCUCCUGCUACGACUGCGGCUGUUGCCACGCUUGCUGCUGCUUCUGCGUCGCCUGCUCCCAGCUCACAGGAAAGUUCGGGCAAGGGGGGUCCCAUGUCAAAGCUGCUAGACGUGGCGGCAGCAGCAGCAGCUGCAGCAGUGGUCAUGGCAGCAGCGGCUGUCAGAGAGGAAACGGUAUCCGUUGAACUCCCCGCAGUAUCUGCCGCCUCUGCUCCAGCUGCCACCUCUGCUCCAGCUGCCACCUCUGCUCCAGCUGCCGCGUCUGCUCCUGCCACUACUUCUGCCCGUGCCACACCUACUGCUGGUGCAGCCUCCGAUCACGUUUCUGGUGCCACUGCCAUUUCCGGGGGCAUUGGUGAUUCUGGUGCUGCGACGCUAAGGUCUACGUCUUCCCCCGCGCCAGCUGUCACUCCAACCGUGGUGAACCUUCCAGGUGCAGCAGCAGCAGCCCUUGUGCCUCCAUCCGCUCCUCUUCCUCCUCCUCUUCCUCUUCCUCCUGACGUUGCUCCUAUGCCAUAUCGACCAGCCGCUGCGCCUUUACCAGCUGGUGCCUUUGCACCCACUGCAACUCCUCCGCUUGCUGCCUCUACUCCUAAUCCAGCUCCCAGCGCUUUCCCUUUCGAAGCGCUCGCCCAGUCUCUCACUCUUGGGGGGCUUCAAUCCCAGCCCAGCCUCUCCUCUCUCCCCGCCCUCCUGGCUGCUAUCUCCGCCCUCCAGCAAAGAAAGAGCCUGCAGCAAGCCGCAGCACCUGCAUCAGAGCAUCAGGGCGCGAGCAGCGGAUCAGCCUCCUUCCCGUCGCCCCACUCCCCCUCCACCCUCGCUGCUGCCGCUACCACUGCUGCCGCUGCUGGUUCUGGUGCUGGUUCUGCUGAUGCUGCGAUUGCUGGGAGUGCAGCAGGGGAAAUGAGAGGGGAGGGAGGUGGAGGGGGAGGAACAGGGGGUGUGGGAGCAGAGGGAGGAGCAGUGGGAGCAGAGGGAGGAGCUGUGGCAGCAAGAGGGGGAGUUGUGGAGGGCUUAUUGGCUGGAAACUGGUCUACCAGUCGACUAGACGCACUGGCCCCUGCUGCUCUUAAUAUCCGAACCGAGCCACUCACCCCUCUCUCCCGUGCCGGCAGCUCCCUGACCUCACGCAUAGCAUCUGCAGAGGCACUAGACGCGUCUAUCAACCCUAAUUUCACCUCCUCCCGCCUUCGGCGGCUUUGCUCGGCUGAAGCCGGGUUCGAGACGCCGCAGACCGUUGGAUCGUCGUCCUCGCGGCUGCGACGGCUGGGAUCGGCGGAGGGGUCGCGCCAGCUGGGGGAUGCCCUGGGGGGAGGUGGGACUGGGAGAGGGGGAGGGGGUAGUGGGGGAGGGACAGGGGGGAGUGGGGGAGGCACAGGGGGGAGUGGGGGAAGUGGGACUGGAGCAGUGGGGAGUGGAAGAAGUGGGGCCGGGGCAGGAGGUGGGAGCGGGGGAGGGGCGGGGGGGAGUGGAGGAGGUGCAGGGGCAGGGAGAAGCGGGGGAGGGACAGGGGGGAGUGGGGGAGGGGCAGUGGGAAGUGGUGGAGGGGUAGUGGGAAGUGGAGGAGGGAUAGGGGGAAGUGGGGUAGCGGCAGGGGGGAGUGGGGGAGCGGCAGGAGGAAGUGGGGGAGCGGCAGGGAGAAGUGGGGGUGGGGCAUGCGGAAGUGGGGAUGGGGCAGGGGCGAGUGGGGCAGGAGCGAGGGGGUUGGAAGUGCUGGAGAGCCUGAGGGUGCGGCUGCGGCCGCAGCUGUCUGGGCUGCUACAGGAGCAGCAGGAGGCUGUGCUGCGACUGAAGCAGCAUCACGCACUGCAGCAGCAGCAGUCACAAACUGCUGCUGCUGCUACUGCUACUGCUACUGCUUCGCCAACUGCCCACCCGCACUCACCUUCUGCUGCUUCUGCUGCUGCUGCUGGUGCGAAUUCAGCGGCACCAGUCGUCCCCCCAUUCUCUCCUGCCCUCAACAGCCCACCGUCUCAGCCACUCAGCCGGCUGCAGAGAGCAGGACCAAGCAUAGACCGUCUGAACCUACAAGGCCCCUCUGCUCUGCCUCCUCCUCCUCCUCCUCCUCCUCCUCCCCCUCUGUCUUCUCCAGGAGAUGCCCGCAUGCGGGGGGGGUUGCAGCGGUCAGGGCCAAGUAUAGACCGCCUCAACUUUCAGGGCGCUGCUUCUUCUGCCUCUGCCAUCCCUCCGCCCCCUCCUGCCUUUCCGCAGGGAGACCAUCGUCCCGGGGGGGUAGAAAGUGGGGGGUUGCAAAGGCCGGGAUUGCAAAGGGCAGGGCCCAGCAUAGACCGUUUGAAUCUGGAGGCAGCUGGGAUGGCUUCCCGUGCUGCCGCACUGCAGAGAGCAGGGCCGAGCAUUGGCUCUUUGAGUUUUCAAGGGGAAAUACCCCUCUACAGGGGAGGCUCCGUUACUGGAGAUAUCUCUCUACAGAGGGAGAGGGGAGGUUUGGCUUCAGGGGAGGCUGCGCUUUACAGAAGGGGUUCGCUUACAGGAGAAGUCCCGCUCCAGAGACUAGGCAGUGUCGAUGGGGAAGGUGGAGAGAGAGAGUGGAAGAGGGCCAAGGGCUUGAUACGCAGCAAUGGCACUGGCAACAUGGCUGAUACUGCUGGUCCAGAAUGUGAUGCUGCUGCUGCUGCUGCUGGUGCUGCUGCUGCUGUCGGCGGCAGUGUCCCGUUCUAUGGUGGUACUGUUGCUGCUCCUGGUGGGUUCUUCAGUGGGAGACGAGUAGACGACACGCCAACCUCCCCUCCGCGGCCGCUCUUCUCCUUCCCCUCCGUCUCCCUCUCUCUUGACGACAUCCCUUCAGCCGUCCCUGCCACUGCUGCCACCGGAGCUAUCGAUAAAGCCGAAGCUGGCCUCCGCCCCGCCGGACACAGGCCGUCAGGCUUGGGAAACUCAGGCUCGGCAGGUGCAGGAACGGGGGACUUUGGCUUGGGAAGUCCAGGUCCGGAGAGUGGAAAUCUGGAACAGAGGGCGAGCAUGGGGUGUGAAGCUAACAGCAUGGGAAUUUUCAAGGGUGGAGGAGUGGGAACGGGGACUGGCAUGGACAUGGGGGUCGGUGAGCGAGGGGAUAAGGGGGGUGAGGGCGUGAGUGUUGGCGGGCUGCUCCCAUCGAGUGGCUUUACUGGCAGUGGAUUGGGCGGCAGCAGGCUGGCCGGCAGCAGGAUGGGCAGCGGUGGGCUGGCCGGCAGUGGGUUGGCCGGCGGUGGGCUCGGGGGGAGUGGGCUGGGCGGCGGGGGCCUGGGCGGCGGCGGUGGCGGGCUGGGCGGCGGGUCGCGGUUGGCUCGUAGCUUUGUGUGGAGCAAGGAUCAGCUGAAGGAGAUCGAGCAGAUGAAAGAAGCCAUGGCUGACAUGGAGCAGGAGGGGGAGCCGGGAGGUGCGGCAUGGGACGCACAGGUUGGGGACGCACGAGCAGGGGAGGUGCGAGUAGGGGAGGCGCGAGCAGGGGAGGUGCGAAUAGGGGAGGCGCGAGCAGGGGAGGUGCGAAUAGGGGAGGCGCGAGCAGGGGAGGUGCGAAUAGGGGAGGCGCGAGCAGGGGAGGUGCGAAUAGGGGAGGCGCGAGCAGGGGAGGUGCGAAUAGGGGAGGCGCGAGCAGGGGACGCACGGUUAAGGUUAGGGGCAUGGUCAGGAGCAGGUGCGGGGGGAGGAGAGGGAGGGAGCAGCGGCGAAGGGGCCAGAGCAGCGGCAGCAGCGAGGGCCGGUGCUGAUGCCUCUGCUGGCGGGGCACUGGCUGGAGAAGGGAGUGGGAGGCGCUUGGAGAGAGGAAGAAGCGGAGUGGGGAAGAGUGAAGCAUGGGAGGGGUUUCAGAGAGGAGACAGCUUGGGGGAAAUGAGGGGAAACAGCUCUGGGCUGGACUUGUAUUCGUUGGAUGGGGUGGGCGAUGAGGGGCAGGCAGGGGGCGGCAGGGAUGAGGGAAGGUGGGGGAGCGAUGGUGGUGAUGAUGGUGAGGGGAUGGAGGGUGAGGGGAUGGAGGGUGAGGGCAUGGAGGAGGAUGAUAGACUGGAUGGGAAUGGUUUCAAUGGCCAGGGUUACAAUGGGCGGAUGGAAGGGAGUGAUCUGGGCGGGCGGAUGGAGGGGAAUGGGUUGGGCGGGGCAAUGGACGGGUGUGCGAGCCGCAAGCCAGGGCCGAAACGGAAGGAGGGGCCAGUGAGCCACUUCUGCCAGAACGCACGGAAGCGGAGGGAGCGGUUGACGCGGCACAUCCGGGCACUAGAGAAGCUGGUGCCGCAGAGAGCUCGCAGCGACGCAGCCUCUGUUCUGGAGUCCGCCAUCUCCUUCAUCAAACGGCUCUCCCGGGAGAACCAGGAUCUGCGCAGGGAAGUGGCAACGCUCCGCCCUUCAUCUGAAGCCCAUCCGGAACACCUCAUGCCAACCCCUUCCCAUGCUGCCACUGUUACUGCUACUGCGACUGAUCCCACUUAA